GUUCUUACACCUGGCCCCCUCACCUGCCCGGCCAGCUGCUCUGCGCAUCACCGGAACCCGCGGUCGGGCAGAGCGGCGCUCAGCGGAGCGGCUGGCCGGCCAGGCGUGUGUGCGCAGGCAGACGGCUGCCGCCAGGGGGCGCGGCGCAGCUCUGCGGCUGGGCUCGGCUCUUUCCCGUCUCCCGAGUGGGAGCUGCAGCUGGCCGGGAGACGGCGGGGGAAGAUGGCGGAGGACGAUCGCUCUCGGUCGGAAGCGGCCCGGCAGAAGAGGCAGGAGCAGCUAAAGCGCUGGCUGGGCUCCGAGACCGAGAGGAGCGGGCCGGGGCAGCGGGACCGGGGCGGCGCGGGGGGCAGGCGGCCCCGGGUCCGGUUCGCCCAGGGCGCCGUGUUCAUGGCUUGCUGCUCCGCUGGGGACCGGGACGAGGUGGCGGCACUGCUGAAGCAGGGAGCCGAGAUCAACCACGCCAACGUCGACGGGCUGACGGCGCUGCACCAGGUACGAGCCGCCGGGCCGGGCUGGGCCGGGAGAAGAGUCGGACCCUGCAGGGGCUUUGCUUGGCUUUGCUUCCCGGACCGAACUCUCCCACCCGCCCUCCGGCCGGGCGCGGACGGGACUAAGGGAAAGUUAAUGGGACGCAGUGGGGCUGUCCCGGGACGGGAAUGGGGCUGCCAGCGGGCCGGAGACGAGCUCGGCUGCGAGGGCGGCUCGGUUUCGGUUGUGCGGGGCUGUGCGUGUGGCUGAGCGCCGAG